AUGGAGAACAUGAGCGGCCGAAUCGUAAAAGUUAGCGAGUACACUGCCGACAAUGUCACUUCCUCUGACGCUGCAAUUUUGUAUCGCACUGUUGUUCAGCGCUACACCGCUUCCAACGUUUCCCCAGCAAAAAUUGCAUAUUGCUGGGGUGAAGCUUUCUGGUCCCAAUAUCAACUAGAUGCCGAUCAAAUGCGUUCAUCUCGUAUGCUUAUUGAAAGAUAUGAGACAAUGCACUCUUGUCCUCGGUGCCCUGGCCAACUCAAUAGUUGGCCCAGCUUACAGGGUCACCUGCGAAAGAAGCAUUGUCGAGAGAAUCAGGCCCUGAACCAGUACCUUUUGAUUCGUUUCUCUGGCAGUCAAGAUUCGGCAUACCUAGGACACCUCUCGGUAACACAAAGAAAAGUAAUCGCGAGCUACAUUUACCAAAAGGCAGCUGGAGAGAAAGAGGUGAAGUGGCCGUCUUCGGUGACUACAUCUGAAGCUCAUCCAGCGUCCAGCAUCCAGCGUCCGCAUCCAGCGUCCAUGGUCCAUGGUUCAUGGUUCAUGGUUCAUGGUCCACAAUCCACAAUCCACGGUCCACAAUCCACGGUCCGUGGUCCACCGUUCACGGUUCGUAGUCCACGAUCCACGGGAGAUAAACAACUGACUUCCUUUUACGAGAAGAUUCGAAUGACUCUGAGCCCGAGUUUGACGAACAAAUUCCAGUCAUUGAUCCUGUUCUUCCCGGAGUGA